AUGGCUAAUGUUGGAAGUCUUGAGAAUCUCCAAGCUGCACAAAAGAUCUUAAGGGCUAGUCUUAAGAAAUAUAGUGCUAUUUCUUCGAAGUUAGAUGAAAUGGGACCUAGAUUGGACGACAUUAGGCAGAGAUUGCCAUCUUUGGAAGCUGCAAUCAGACCUUUCUCCAGGCAAAAAUGUAGCCACUUUGCAAUCAGGGACCAAAUCAAUGGCGCCAUUGGCCCUGCUGCUGCUGUUUUCAAAGUCUAUGGCGUCGUCCGUGAGCUUGAGGAGUCGCUACUCAAUCAGUCGUGUGCCGAUCUUCCUGCUUAUCUUUCAUCCAUGAAAAAGCUCGAAGAAGCUUUGGGAUUUCUUGCUGACAACUGUGUCCUGGCCAUUCAGUGGCUGGAGGACGUUGUUGAGUUUUCGGAAGACAAUGUUUUUUCCAAUAAUCAAAGCCUAUUGAGUGUGAAGAAAUCUCUGAGGAUGCUACAAGAGUUGCAUGAAAUCGAGGGACGUGCUCGUCUUGAUGGUGGGCCUCUGAAUGCUGCAUUCAACAAACUUGAGACUGAAUUCAGAUGUCUACUGAUGAAGAAUAGUGUUACAACAACAACCUGUGCUACUUUAUUACCAUUAACUAUGCCUGUAGUCCAAAAGCUUCAAGCCAUAGCUGGGAGAUUGGAUGGUGAUAUUCGGCUUCAGAAGUGCAUAGUCUUGUACAUUGAAGUUCGGAGUUUGAAUGCACAAAGAAGCUUGCAGGAUCUUGAUUUGGACUACCUUGAGAUACAAGUCACGGAAUUUGAUGACAUCCAGAGCAUUGAGUCUCACAUUGAUCAAUGGUGCAAGCAUUUGGAGUUGGUUGUCAAGGACCUACUUGAGCCGGAGUACAAACUCUGCAACGAUGUCUUUGAGAAGAUAAAAUCAGAUGCUUGGAAGCACUGUGUUGCAAGACUAGCUGAGGAAUUUAGACUAAUUUCUUUCCUUCAGUUUGGAAGGAGUGUCACCAAGAUGAAGAAGGACCCUCUCAAGCUCUUGAAGCUAUUAGAUAUAUUUGCACUUCUGGAAAGUCUAAGAUCAAAUUUUAACCGGCUUUUUGGUGGAGAGGCCUGCAGUGACAUUCGGACCCUGACAAGGGAACUGGUGAAGGCAGUAGUGAAUGGUGCUUACGAGAUCUUCCAGGAACUUCCUGGUCAAGUGGAGAUGCAGCGGCGAUUUUCUCCUCCCUCACAUGGUGGCAUUCCCGGCUUAGUAAGCUUCAUUACUAAAUACUGUGAGCAACUACUUGGGGAUGAGUAUAAGCCACUCCUGGCCCAGGUCUUGAAGAUCCAUCAAAGCUGGAACCAAGAUGUGUAUGGAGAUGGUUUCCUUACAAACCACAUUAUUAUUAUAAUGAAGGAAGUUGGGUUGAAUCUGGAUGCAUGGUCCAAGGAAUAUGAAGAUAUCUGCCUCUCCUACCUUUUCAUGAUGAACAAUCACUGCCAUUUCUGUCAACUAAAAGGCACAAAGCUCGGCGAUAUAAUGGGAGAUUCUUGGUUAGGAGCUCAUGAGCAGUACAAGGACAAUUGUGCAGCUCUCUACUUGAGAGAAUGCUGGGGAAAGCUUCUGUCUCUUAUAACUCAAAGGGAUUUAGGUUCAUUUCAGGAGUCAGAAAAGAAGAAGCUGAAGGAAUUCAAUGAAGGGUUUGAUGAAAGGUACAAGAAGCAAUCAAAUUGGGUCAUAUGUGACGAAAACUUAAGGCGAAAAGUAUGCCAGAUUUUGGUGCAGGCAGUUGUACCAGCUUAUAGGAGCUACAUGCAAAAGUAUGUUGGUUUGGUUGAACAUGAUGCAAGUGCUAGUAAGUAUGUUAAGCACACAGCACAGAGCUUGGAGAAUAUGAUUACUUCUAUGUUUCAGCCUAAACUGGUUAAGUAUUCCAGCACCAAACAUAUACGCUUUGGCAAGCUGAAAAGCCUGGUGCAAAAUCAAUUUCGUGUAACUCUUACAGCUAUGUAA